CAAUCCGCUGCAACCGUAGACAAAGAUGGCGAAGUGGACGUUCUCCUUCGUGGCGCUAUGCCUCACGGCACUGAUGCUGGUUGUGCAUGCAAACAAAGGUCCCAAGAUCACCAACCAGGUCUACUUCGAUGUGAGCAUCGACGGUCAGCCCGCUGGCCGCAUCGUCAUGGGUCUUUACGGCAAGACAGUGCCGAAGACUGUGGAGAACUUCCGCGCGUUGUGCACGGGCGAGAAGGGCGUGGGCAACAGUGGAAAACCACUGCAUUACAAGGAAAGCAUCUUCCACCGCAUCAUCCCCAACUUCAUGCUGCAGGGCGGCGAUUUUACUGACUUCAACGGAAUGGGCGGCGAGAGUAUCUACGGCCAAAAGUUCCCGGACGAGAACUUCAAGCUGAAACACGCCGGCAAGGGCACGCUCAGCAUGGCCAACUCGGGCGCUAACACAAACGGCAGCCAGUUCUUUAUCUGCACCGUGAAGACCUCGUGGUUGGACGGACGCCACGUUGUUUUUGGCCGCGUCAUCAAGGGCAUGGACGUCCUCGACGCUGUUGAGGCUGUUGGCUCGCCCAGCGGUACCCCCAGCAAGAAGGUCGUCAUCACGGACAGUGGUGAACUGGCUGCUGAUGACUUUGUCGAGGAGGAGUAAGCGAACCUUGCAGACUUGUAUUGCUCACAUAGUAUGUCGGAAACGGGUUCUUGAAUUCAUAAGAUGCUACCCAUGGGUUUUCCGCUCAUUUGCUGACAGUGAGUGCCUUCCAAAACCCAUUUAAAACGGCUUAAUCAGUUUAAUCGCUUAUUUU